AUGGUGAAGGCUCCUCCUCCAUCGCGGUGCCGACCUCCUCCUGAUCCCCCACCAUCUAAGCUUCUUUUGGUAGCGUUUGAAACUCUCACUUCCAUCAUCUCACCUGAACCACCAGAUCCUCCAGACUCGUUCUUCGUCCUUGUUCAUCGUCUUUGGCUUUUAGCCUCGUUCUCUAGCGACUUCCAUAGCGUCUCUCUCGGAACACUUACCCAAGCUUGGGAUUUCAAGUCUCCUCUUUCAGAUCUAGAGAUUAAUUCCAUUGGUAGUGAUGCUUCCCCUAGACCAUCGUACCUCUCCAACAAGCCUUGUGAAGGUAUUGUCUAUGUACCUCUUUGGAACAAAUCGUUUUUGAGGAAAGUUCAUUGUGAUGUCUGCCUGUUGAAACUCUAUUUACCUCAGUAUGAGGAUAUUACUCUCUCUUUAACUCUUAGGAUGAGAUCCAGUUUACCUCUGUAUGAGGAUGAUGAACUCCCUGUUAGCACUCUGCUACCUCGUUAUGAGGAUGUUCUUCGGACUAGUAUCAUGUUAGCAUUGUUUCAUCACGGGUCAGCUUUAUGGAGUUUAGGAUUGAUGAGUAUGAGUUUUUCCCCCUUUCCAUUGUGGCUUAUGGGAAAGAAAAACCUUCUCGUUGGUUUGAGUGGCGUUGUUACAGGGGACAUUGUGUUGAAGAUGGUUAUCUCAAAUGCAUAA